CAACGGUUUAACGCAGAUCCAGCCUGCUACCUGCUCAGUCCCUUCAGUGUCUGUCGGAUCACCGCCAUCAAGAUCCUGAUCCACACGUUAUUCAGCCUGUUCAUCAUGCUGACCAUCCUCGCCAACUGUGUCUUCAUGACCCUGAGCGACCCUCCAGCCUGGGGCAAGACCGUGGAAUAUGUUUUCACCGGCAUCUACACCUUUGAGGCCACGGUGAAGGUGGUGGCCCGAGGCUUCUCCAUCGGGCCGUUCACCUUCCUCAAAGACCCCUGGAACUGGCUGGACUUCAUGGUCAUCAGCAUGGCUUACCUAACCGAGUUUGUGGACCUAGGAAAUGUGUCAGCAUUGAGGACAUUCAGAGUCCUGAGAGCUCUUAAGACCAUCACCGUUAUCCCUGGCCUGAAGACCAUCGUUGGUGCCCUCAUCCAGUCGGUGAAGAAGCUCGCUAACGUCAUGAUCCUGACCGUCUUCUGCCUGAGUGUCUUUGCUCUGAUCGGUCUCCAGCUCUUCAUGGGAAACCUUCGUCAGAAAUGUGUUGUGUGGCCUCCGCUCUUUCUCAACGACAGCCUCGUUGACAACUUCAAUGGCACCGAUAACUCCACCUUCGACUUCCACCAGUACAUCAACAACCCUGAGAACUACUACUACAGAAACAACGAUAUGGACCCUCUUCUGUGUGGAAACAGCUCCGACGCGGGCCAGUGUCCGGAGGGCUUCAACUGCAUGAAGGCGGGAGAGAACCCAAACUACGGCUACACCAGCUACGACACGUUCGGCUGGGCCUUCCUCGCCCUCUUCAGACUUAUGACCCAAGACUUCUGGGAGAACCUCUUCCAGCUGACCCUCAGGGCUGCGGGGAAGACCUACAUGAUGUUCUUCGUGGUGGUGAUCUUCCUGGGCUCCUUCUACCUCAUCAACCUCAUCCUGGCGGUGGUGGCCAUGGCGUACGCCGAGCAGAACGAGGCCAGCCUCGCCGAGGCCAAGCAGAAGGAGGAGGAGUACGCCGGCGUCAUGGAGGCCCUGAAGCAGAGGCAGGAGGAGACCAUUGCAAAUAAAGCGCAUCCAGAAGAUUCGGCUGCACUCGAUCAAAACCACACUGAGGCAAACGACUUUGAGGAGGACCAGCGGCCGUGCCCCCCGUGCUGGUACGUGUUCGCUGACGUGUGUCUGAAGUGGGACUGCUGCGGCUGCUGGCGCUGGCUGAAGGGCUGGCUGUACGUCAUCGUCAUGGACCCCUUCGUGGACCUGGGCAUCACCGUGUGCAUCGUGCUCAACACGGUGUUCAUGGCCAUGGAGCACUACCCCAUGACCCCUGCCUUCGAGCACAUGCUGAGCGUGGGCAACCUGGUGUUCACUGGGAUCUUCACAGCUGAGAUGGUCCUCAAACUGCUGGCCAUGGAUCCCUACUACUACUUCCAGGUUGGCUGGAACAUAUUUGACAGUAUCAUAGUGACCAUGAGUCUUGUGGAGCUGGGAUUGGCUGAUGUCCAGGGUCUGUCUGUGCUACGGUCCUUCCGAUUGAUGCGUGUGUUCAAGCUGGCCAAGUCCUGGCCCACCCUCAACAUGCUGAUCAAGAUCAUCGGCAACUCGGUGGGCGCGCUGGGGAACCUGACCCUGGUGCUGGCCAUCAUCGUCUUCAUCUUCGCCGUGGUGGGCAUGCAACUGUUUGGGAAGUCGUACCGGGAGUGCGUGUGCAAGAUCGCCGAGGACUGCGAGCUCCCGCGCUGGCACAUGACGGACUUCUUCCACGCGUUCCUCAUCAUCUUCAGGGUGCUGUGUGGGGAGUGGAUCGAGACCAUGUGGGACUGCAUGGAGGUGGCGGGCAUCCCCAUGUGUCUGACCAUCUUCAUGAUGGUCAUGGUGAUCGGGAACCUGGUGGUAUUAAAUCUCUUUCUGGCCUUGCUACUGAGCUCAUUCAGUGGAGACAAUCUAGCUGCAAUCGAGGAAGACGGCGAGAACAACCUUCAGAUCGCUGUCAACAGAAUCACCACCGGCAUUGCCUGGACCAAAACGAAGGCCCUUACAGUCAUAAGGAGUCUGUUGGCCAAGAACACCGAACCAGCACAGACUGCUGAGAACGAAGAGGAGGAGACGAAGGAGUAUCUGUCGUUGAUGGGCGUGGACCCAGAGCCACCCCGGUCUCCGCCAGAGCCCUCGAACCCUGAGGCGCCCUGGACCAGACCGGACGGCCUGAGCAGUAACUAUAGCAACAGUAACUAUGGCAACAUCUUCACACUGAGGGUUCCCAUGGCCACCGCAGAGUCUGACUGUGAGCCUGAAGAGGAGGAGGAGGAGGAGGAGGAAGAGGAGGAGGAUCUUUCUGAGGGUGAAGAUCACUCAUCAGUUUGCAGUACAGUGGAGAGACUUCCAGAGGCUGAUGAGAACGAGGAGGAGGAAGAACAUGAUGCUAACACGCCUGAAGACUGCUAUAGUGCCAAUUGUUACGGCCGUUACCCCUGCCUGGACGUGGACACCUCCCAGGGCUGGGGGAAGACCUGGUUCACCAUCAGAAAGACCUGCUUCAUCAUCGUGGAACACAACUACUUUGAGACCUUCAUCAUCUUCAUGAUCCUGCUCAGUAGUGGUGCUUUGGCCUUUGAGGACAUCUACCUGGAGCAGCGGCGCGUCAUAAAGACGCUGCUGGAGUACGCCGACCAGGUGUUCACCUACGUGUUCAUCGUGGAGAUGCUGCUGAAGUGGGUGGCGUACGGCUUCCAGACGUACUUCACCAACGCCUGGUGCUGGCUCGACUUCCUCAUCGUGGACGUCUCUCUGGUGUCCCUGACCGCUAACCUCCUGGGUUAUUCUGAACUGGGAGCCAUCAAGUCUCUGAGGACGUUGAGGGCCCUGAGACCGCUGAGAGCCCUGUCUCGCUUUGAGGGCAUGAGGGUGGUGGUGAACGCCCUGGUGGGGGCCAUCCCCUCCAUCUUCAACGUGCUGCUGGUGUGUCUGAUCUUCUGGCUGAUCUUCAGCAUCAUGGGCGUCAACCUGUUCGCCGGGAAGUUCUACUACUGCUACAACUCGACGUCGGAGAGCAUGAUGCUGCCAGAGGAGGUCAACAACCGCAGCGAGUGCCUGGCCCUCGCCGAGGUCAACCCCAGCAUCCACUGGAGGAACCUGAAGGUCACCUACGACAACGUGGGCAUGGGCUACCUGUCGCUGCUGCAGGUGGCGACCUUUAAGGGCUGGAUGGACAUCAUGUAUGGAGCGGUGGACUCCAGAGAGGUUGAGCAGCAGCCAGCAUAUGAAGCCAACCUCUACAUGUAUAUCUACUUCGUCAUCUUCAUCAUCUUCGGCUCCUUCUUCACCCUCAACCUUUUCAUCGGUGUUAUCAUUGAUAACUUCAACCAGCAGAAGUCCAAGCUGGGAGGGAAAGACAUCUUUAUGACAGAGGAGCAGAAGAAAUACUACAACGCAAUGAAGAAACUAGGCUCCAAGAAACCUCAGAAACCCAUUCCCCGGCCAACGAAUAUGUGCCAAGGGUUGGUUUUCGACUUGGUUACGAAGCAGUUUUUUGACAUCUUCAUCAUGGUGUUGAUCUGUCUCAACAUGGUGACCAUGAUGGUGGAGACAGACGAACAGAGUCCUGAGAAGGAAGAGAUUCUGUUUUUGGUCAAUCUGGUCUUCAUCGUGGUCUUCACCACGGAAUGUUGUCUGAAGCUCUUCGCUCUCAGGCAGCAUUUCUUUGCCGUUGGAUGGAACGUCUUUGACUUUGUGGUUGUAAUUCUCUCCAUCUUAGGCAUCCUCCUCGUCGACCUCAUAGAGAAGUACUUUGUCUCGCCGACGCUCUUCCGUGUGAUCCGCUUAGCCCGCAUCGGCCGCGUCCUCCGUCUCAUCCGCGGCGCCAAGGGCAUCCGCACGCUCCUGUUCGCUCUGAUGAUGUCACUCCCCGCCCUGUUCAACAUCGGGCUUCUCCUCUUCCUCAUAAUGUUCAUAUUUUCCAUCUUCGGCAUGUCAAACUUUGCCUACGUGAAAAAGGAGGCCAUGGUCGACGACAUGUUCAACUUUGAGACCUUUGGGAACAGCAUCAUCUGCAUGUUCAUGAUCACCACGUCGGCCGGGUGGGACGGCCUGCUCUUCCCCAUCCUGAACUCCGCCCCCCCCGACUGUGACCCCGACGUCGAGAACCCGGGGACGGAUGUCAGGGGCAACUGUGGCAACCCCUUGGUGGGCAUCGUGUUCUUCUGCAGCUACAUCAUCAUGUCCUUCCUGGUGGUGGUGAACAUGUACAUCGCCAUCAUCCUGGAGAACUUCAACGUGGCGACCGAGGAGAGCGCCGACCCCCUGUGCGAGGACGACUUUGAGAUGUUCUACGAGACCUGGGAGAAGUUUGACCCCGACGCCUCCCAGUUCAUACAGUACAGCGCGUUGUCGGAUUUCUGUGACACGCUGAAGGAUCCCCUGAGGAUCCCCAAACCCAACGCCAUGAAGCUGAUCAACAUGGACCUGCCCCUGGUCCCCGGGGACAAGAUCCACUGUCUGGACAUUCUGCUGGCCCUCACUGCACUGGUUCUCGGCGAUUCGGAAGGAAUGGACGCCCUCAAAGCGAGCAUGGAGGAGAAGUUCAUGGCCAACAACCCGUCCAAGGUGUCCUACGAGCCAAUCAGCAGCACGCUGAAGAGGAAGCAGGAAGAGGUGGCGGCGCUGGUCAUCCAGAGAGCCUUCCGGAAGCACCUGUGGCGCCGGACGGUGCACCACGCCUCCUACACCUACCGGGGGCAGUGCGAGGGGCACGCCGGCCCCCAGCCCGCGCCCGAGUCCCAGGGCCUCAUCUUCCAGCGAAUAGGAGAGCUGUAUGGAGACGGGCAGAAGGACGGUCCGCCGGACACGCCCCCGAUAGACGCCACCGAGGAAUGUCUUGUCCCGGCGGCCGUAGAACUCCAUCACGAGGUGGUGCUCCAGUGCAGACCUCCAGACUCUGAGUCCGUAGUCUGACUGUACACACACUGCACUACACACUGCACGCACUAUACACACUGCACUACACACUACACACUCUAUACACACACUACACUAAACACCACACACACUACACACACACUACACUACACUAAUCACUAGACACACUAAACACUGCACACACUAUUAACGCUGAACACACAGUCUGAGCGCUUACCCUAACCCCAGCUGUAACCACGAGUGCCUACAUCAAUGGUUCUCAAAGUGCGGCCCGUGGGCCAAUGGCGGCCCGCAGAAACAUUCCUGGCGGCCCGAAAUGACAUACAGCUGUAAGUAAAAAAAAAAGAAGAACAAAAAAGUUUUUUUUUUAUUCUUGUAUCAAUAUUAAAGGUUGGGUAUGGAAUUCUCUUUUUUGGCCAUUUUUGCAAAAUUACUUGAAAUCCUUAUCAUAACCCACUUACAGCCACUGAGUUAGAAGUACUGACAUGAAAAUUAAACAAGUCAAUCAUCUGUGGAACGGGCAGGGCUCGAAAAACUCCAGCCAAUGAUUUCCAGACCCACCGAGUGGCAUUGGACAGUAAGUACGUCAAUCAAACAGUCGUACUGCACUCCCCCUCCCCCGCUCCCCGCGCGUGACCCCUUGGUGCACGUACUCAAAGCUCAUGACCCAGAGCAAGCUUCUGUUUGUUGUUAUCCUGCGGUAGCUACUGGAGGUCGCUAACUAGCUAAUCCACAUUUGGACCUAGCACUAGAAGACAACCCUAAACUCCAACCUAGCUAGUCUGGCUCGCUCUCGCGCAUCUGUGUUCGCGCUCGUGCAUGAUUGCGCGUCCAUGUACUUGGAAUGGGUGGAGUCAGAGUCAGCGUUGAAGGAGAGGGGAUAGGACCAUUUGAGUUGUGUAUUUUCAAAAUCUGCUGGCGUUUCGCAAAUCCCAUAUCCAACCUUUAAUUUAAACAAAAAUUAAUAAAUAUAACGAGAAAAGUCUACACUCUCUAGCUUUCAAUUUAAUCCUGUUACAUUUGUUAGUUUUAAUCCGACUGUACAUUACUUUGAAAGGAUGAACCUCAGUUUUGUGAUUUAGUCCUCACUUGACCUCACUCCCAGAGGUCCACGGUUUUUUUCACCACUGGGAUACUGACUGCGUUUCCCGCCUAAAGUUUUUUCCUUUGGCGGCCCUCUGUCAAAUUUUGGGUUCCUAAAUUGGCCCUCAGCUGUCAAAACUUUGAGAACCCCCGGAAUACAUGCUCUGUAUGAACACUUCAGCUCAAACACUGUACAGCUGGGCGACAGAGUGCUACAGCUCUAACCCUGCACCUUGGGGACACUACAGCUCUAACACUACACCUUGGGGACACUAUAGCUCUAACACUACACCUUGGGGACUCUAUAGCUCUAACACUACACCUUGGGGACACUAUAGCUCUAACACUACACCUUGGGGACACUAUAGCUCUAACAAUACACCUUGGGGACUCUAUAGCUCUAACACUACACCUUGGGGUCUCUAUAGCUCUAACACUACACCUUGGGGACACUAUAGCUCUAACACUACACCUUGGGGACAGAGUGUCACACUCACUUACCCUUUACCCGUUCCGCUCACUUUGGGGUCUGGCAGACAGCAGGCUGCUGUGUGGUUUGUAACGAUUUGAUUUUCUUUUGGUUUUUUCUUUUGGGUUAGUCUGUAACAAAGACUUCCCCGAUGCCUGGAUGCUUGUUUUUAUCAUCUCUUUGUUCAUUUUUGUAUUUCAUACAUUUUAUUAUUUGCUAUUUCUACCCUAUCGUGCAAUUGUGAAUAUGUGUACAAUUUUAAUUUAUGGAUAACUUAGAGAAGAAUUUGGAUGGAGAUGAUGGCAUGCCGCUUUUAUCUUGUGAAUCUUAUCUCCCACUAUCUCUAGCCCCUCACCACUCAGGGCUGGGGUUAUAUAGAUCCAUCCUGUAUGAAUGUUCCAUCACAUUUGAUCUUCCACUGCCAGUAGGUAGCACUGGCUCCAAAAGAUGUCACGCAAUGGUUUACAUUUUGUUGCCGUCAUCGCACACUGGAGAGAGGCGAGAACUGGACAGAAGAGCCCUGGGCUGUGAACCCUAACCCUAGCCCUAGCCCUAACCCUUACCCUAUCCUCAGCCCUGGGCUGUGAACCCUCACCCUAGCCCUAGCCCUAACCCUUACCCUAUCCCUAGCCCUGGGCUGUGAACCCUCACCCUAGCCCUAGCCCUAACCCUUACCCUAUCCCUAGCCCUGGGCUGUGAACCCUCACCCUAGCCCUAACCCUUACCCUAUCCCUAGCCCUGGGCUGUGAACCCUCACCCUAGCCCUAACCCUAACCCUUACCCUAUCCCUAGCCCUGGGCUGUGUACCCUCACCCUAGCCCUAACCCUAACGAACAGGAUUAAAAGUUUGCUUAAAUCAGCAAAUGUAUGAAUGAUGACCCCACCCGCUGUUCCCCGGCCUCACAGAUCAAACAGACCCUUGCACUCCUUUGUAUAAAGAAUGGAAUAUAUUAAAACACGCUGAGACGUGUGAAAGCCAAACAACAGAAUAUGUAUUUGCUGUAAUGAAUGACCUGGCACCAUCUGCGUUAUCAACUGUUGCCAAGCAUGGGUUGAUGUGAGAACGUGGAUUAAUGAUCAGAGUGUGUUUUAUAAUGUACACUGGAGUCUUUCUGGUGAUAUUGCAACUUACUAUGACAAAUACAAUUUGUAAUGAUUCACAGCUUGUCAUUUUUCAU